CCUGCACAGACAUGGCUCCCUGCUCCACCAGCUACUCCUCCAUCCACCACAUGAGGAUCUCUGAGAAGGAUAACAUCAAACUGAGAAAGCCUGUUGUGGAGAAAAUGCGCAGAGAUCGCAUCAACAGCUGCAUCGAGCAGCUCAAAGUCAUCCUGGAGAAAGAGUUUCACAAGCAGGAGCCCAACUCCAAGCUGGAGAAAGCCGACAUCCUGGAGAUGACCGUGAACUUCCUGAGGCAGCAGCUGCAGUCGGGCCUGUGUCAGAGCGACUACAACCAGGGCUACUCCCACUGCUGGAGGGACUCCAUGCGCUUCCUGGCUGCCAGCUCCAGCGCUGAGCCCUCUGUGGCUCCUCUGCAGGGCCUCCAGCAGCAGGACCAGAAGCUGCUUCAGGCCCAGAGAUCCAUCCUCAGGCCCACCACCCUGCAGGACAGCAGCAGAGGCCCGGUGUGGAGGCCCUGGUAGAGACUCUGUCACGCAGACACCCUGAGACCUGAGGGGCCUCGUGCUCGCCCUCACUACGUAGGAAAUAUGUUUCCAGCCUGCUCUUCCAUGGUGGGUUUCCUUACUGUCUCAUCACAUUGAUGGACAAAGUUGAAGCGAAGGCUCUCACUUAUUUGAAGAUUGUCCUGCUUUGACUCUGACGUGUACUUUUCCUUUGCGUUUGAAGCUGGAGAUUGAUUUUGAGUGACGAUGGUUUUGUCAGAUUUUGUGAAGUGAUUGUUUACUCCAGUGGAGUUUAUCUUUGGACUGCUUGAUGUAACAGUAUCUGCCAUACUGUGUUUUACUGACAGCUGCUGUUGAGAAUAUUUCUCUUUCUGUUUUGAAUUAUCUAUGCCAAAUUCUGUGUGUGAGCAUGAUGGUGUGCGUGUGUCUGUAUGUUUGUGCAAGUGGAUGUACAUAUUAACGUUUUGUGAUGGGAUGUUCAUGUUGCUGUUUUGCUAUCACAUGUAGGCUCUUAAAACCAACUCGUUUUUUUUAACAUUUGUAUGACAAUUAACAAUAAAAAGACACAAUCAUUAAAAAAAAA